AUGGCGUCGAACAACCUCCUUGUCCACUUGAAGCACUGCUUCUCGCCGCCGUCGCUCCGUUCGUACCUCGCCGAGUUCAUCUCCACCUUCCUCUUCGUGUUCACCGCCGUCGGCUCCGCAAUCUCUGCCCGGAUGCUGACGACGCCGGACGUUACCAACAGCGCCUCGCCGCUGGUGGCCACCGCCGUCGCGCAGGCGUUCGGGCUCUUCGCCGCGGUCCUCAUCGCCGCCGACGUCUCCGGCGGCCACGUGAACCCCGCCGUCACGUUCGCCUACGCCAUCGGCGGCCAUAUCGGCGUCCCGAGCGCCAUCUUCUACUGGGCGUCGCAACUGCUCGGCGCCACCAUGGCCUGCCUCUCCCUCAACCUCUUCUCCGCCGGCGAGGAGGUGCCGACGACGAGGAUCGCGGUGGCGAUGACCGGGUUCGGCGGCGCGGUCAUGGAGGGCGUGCUCACGUUCCUGCUGGUGUACACGGUGCACGUGGUCGGAGAGCCUCGCCUGAGCGGAGGCGGCGGCAAGCGGGGCAAGCGGGGGUUCGCGGCCACGGCGCUGGGCGCGCUGGCGGUCGGGCUGACGGAGGGCGCGUGCGUGCUGGCCGCGGGCUCGCUGUCAGGCGCGUCCAUGAACCCGGCCCGCUCGUUCGGGGCGGCCGUCGUCAGCGGGCACUUCAAGAACCAGGCCGUGUACUGGGCCGGCCCGAUGAUCGGCGCGGCCGUCGCGGCGCUGGUGUACCAGAUCAUGGCGUGCCCGAGCGUGGCCGAGUCGCGGCACGGGAACGUCGAGGCGGUCGUCGUCUGA